AUGGAGAUGCGGUCUCACUUCCUCUUCAUUUUUCUGGGUUUUUUAGCUCUUGCAGUUCUGGCUCAUGCUCAGGAUCAGGAUCCAUCAGGAUUCAUUAAUGUAGAUUGUGGUUUACCAGGAAAUACUACUUACACUGACGCCACAACUGGCCUAAAUUACAUAUCCGAUGAAUCGCUCAUAGAAACUGGAAUAAGUAAGAGAGUUGCAAUUGCUUCCGGUUCAGAUAGCUAUGACCGACAGCUAUGGCAUGUCAGGAGCUUUCCUCAAGGUGACAGGCAUUGUUAUAAUGUAACAGUCACCAAAGGAAAUAAAUAUUUGAUCAGAGCCAGAUUCAUGUAUGGAAAUUAUGAUGGCCAAAAUGAACUGCCAGAAUUUGAUCUGCAUCUCGGGCCUAAUAAGUGGGAUGUUGUGAAAAUAUCGGAUGCAUCAGAUACUGUAGACAAAGAGAUUAUAAAUAUAUCUACAUGGAAUUAUGUAUAUAUCUGUGUUGUGAAUACGGGCUAUGGGACACCUUUUGUAUCAGCAUUAGAAAUAAGGCCUUCGAAAAAUGACUCAUAUGUAACGCAAUCUGGAUCAUUGAUGUCCUACUUACGGUUGGACAUCGGUUCGUCAACCAAUCAAACAGUCCGGUAUCCCGAUGAUGUCUAUGAUCGUAUUUGGGGUCCUAGUGAUCCAUUAUACGGAUGUGCGGAGAUCAGUACAUCAGAGACCCCAAGUACUGACAAUUCUUUUCAGCCACCGUCUACUGUCAUGAGCAGUGCAGACAUUCCAGCAAAUGCCAGCGAGCCCAUGGAAUUCAAUAUAGGCCCUCAGGAUACAACUCUAGAAUUUUAUUUCUACAUGCACUUCGCUGAAAUCGUAAAGCUUGAAGCCAACCAGUCCCGAUACUUCAACAUUACCUUAAAUGGAGAAUACCGGUCAGAUCUUACUCCAAGUUACUUGGAUACUACCACUGUGUAUAGCACAUCAGCCGAGACUGGAGGGAAAUAUAACUUUUCAAUCUUUAAUCCCGGAGGUUCAACCCUUCCACCCCUUCUCAAUGCAAUUGAAAUUUAUUCUGUAGUUGAACUCCCACUAUCACAGACACAACAAGCUGAUGUUAACGCAAUCGCAAGUAUCAAGUCAACCUAUGGAAUAAGAAGCAACUGGCAAGGAGAUCCAUGCGCUCCUCGAGAUUAUGUGUGGAAAGGUCUUAAUUGUAGCGGCUACAAUGAUCCUACUGCUCCACCUAGAAUCAUAUCCUUGAAUUUGUCUUCAAGUGGAUUGAUGGGGGAGAUUGCCGCUGAUAUUGCCAAUCUGGAAUUGCUAGAAUCUCUGGACUUAUCAAACAAUAAGUUGACAGGAUCAGUGCCUGAUUUCCUAUCUGAAUUGCAAUCCUUGAAAUUCCUAAACUUGACAGGAAACAAGCUCACAGGAGCCAUUCCAGCCGCCCUGUAUCAUCAAAAUCAAACGGGUUCACUAUCCUUAAGUGUGGACGGAAAUCCAGAACUUUGUCCAUCAGUUUCAUGCCAGGAAAAGAGGAAGAAAAGCAACAAUACUGUUGUUCCAGUAAUAGCAUCGGUGACGGUGGGAGCUUUAGUUCUCCUGACAACUGCUCUGGCAGUCAUAUUACGUUGCCUUAAAAGAAAAAAGAAACAAAGUUUGGUUUCCAACAGUGGAGCAUCCGCUGGGAAAGUGGAACUUAAAACCAGCAGGACACAUGAGCCAGUGGAGGCAAAAAGACGGCAGUUCACAUACUCAGAGGUCCUAAAAAUCACCAACAACUUUGGAAGAGCUAUCGGUAAAGGAGGAUUUGGGACAGUUUACCAUGGCAACUUGGACGGUGCUCAAGUAGCUGUCAAGAUGCUGUCCCCAUCAUCAGUUCAAGGGUACAAGGAGUUUGCAGCAGAGGUUAAAGUUCUUUUGAGAGUUCAUCAUAGAAACUUGACUAGCCUUGUUGGGUAUUGUGAUGAAGGCGCUAACUUGGGUCUCAUUUAUGAGUACAUGGCUAAUGGCACCUUGAAAGAUUAUCUCUCAAUUGGAUGGGGAGACUACGAAUUGCAGCAGAGGCAGCUCAAGGGGGACAUUAUGAGCAUAGUAGAUCCGAGGUUACGAGGAGAUUUCAACAUUAAUUCAGCCUGGAAAAUUGUGGAAAUAGCAGUGGCUUGUGUUUCUUCAACUUCUGCUAGAAGGCCAACAAUGAAUCAAGUGGUGAUAGAAUUAAAUGAGUGUUUGGCAUUAGAAAUGGCUCGAACAAGAGAGGGGAGUGAUAUUGAUACUAGUCUAUCACAAGAUUCUCCAGAAUUUAUGUGUCUGAAUGUUCAUACUGGAAUGUCUCCGUUGGGAAGCUUGGAGUGUUUUGUUUAUAAGCUUAAAUCCAACAAGAAUACUGCAGGAACUAAACUGAUCGGUAGUGCAAUGGAAGUGGUCGUCCAGUUUUUCCUCUUUGCAGUGUUGUCCGGUGCCUUUUCUCUAUCAGUUCUAGUUCAAGCUCAGAAUCAGUCAGGUUUCAUCAGUAUAGAUUGUGGCAUAGAAGAAGGUUCUAGCUAUAGAGAUGAGAGCGCAGGAAUUCAUUACAUUUCAGAUGCAAACUACAAAAAUGUGGGUGUAAGAAAAUAUAUAUCAUCUGAGAUCAACACCACUAACAUAUACAAGCAAUAUCUCAAUCUCCGAAGUUUCCCAGAUGGAACCAAAACUUGUUACACUUUAAAGCCCGCAGAAGGAAGAAAUAACAAGUAUUUGAUACGAGCAGGCUUUGGAACACCUUUCAUAUCAGUUUUGGAGCUAAGGCUUUUGGACUACAACACUUAUGACAAUGCAACUGAAUUAAUGACGGACAGACUGGAUUGUGGUUUGAACAAUUCAAAUAUGAUCAGGUUUUCAGACGAUGUGUAUGAUCGCUUCUGGUCACCUUAUCUGCCUAACGAAUGCGAAGUUAAAAAUACUAGCUAUACUGUUGAAUCACCGGAUCGCGACGAAUAUCGAAUCCCAUCUAGGAUCAUGCAGACGGCAGCAGUCCUAGCCAACAAUAGCAAUACCAUACAGUUCUUUCUGACACGCGAUGAUCCCACCUCCCAGUUCUUUCUCUACUUGCACUUUGCUGAAAUUGAAGAGCUACAAGCAAACCAGACUAGAGAAUUCAGUAUCUUCAUCGAUGGAAAGUUGUGGCAUGGACCUACUGUUCCGACAUACUUGCAGACAGCUACAAUAAGUAGCACAUCUGUGUUGAAUGGAUCAGCACAAUUUCAUGUCGAGAUCAAUAAAACCCAAAACUCAACCCUUCCACCCUUGCUCAAUGCCAUUGAACUCUAUUUGGUACAAGAACUUUUACAAUCAGAAACUUACCAAGAAGAUGCCCACGGCUCUGUUCAUAUUUUUCCUUUCAUCUCCGGUCCAUCAUUAAAGAACUUGAUUGUUUUCUCCUCUAUGCUAGCUGAUGCUAUUAUGAAUAUCAAGUCAUACUACAAAGUGAAGAGGUACUGGCAAGGUGAUCCGUGUGCACCAAAAGUUGCUAUAUGGCAAGGGACUUUGUCCUCAAGUGGUCUCUCUGGGGAGAUAUCGCCUGACAUAUUCAAUCUCAAAAUUAUACAGUAUCUGGAUCUGUCGAACAACAGUCUAAGAGGUUCUGUACCUAACUUUCUGUCUCAUUUGCCAUACCUGCGAGUCCUAAACUUAUCCGAAAAUGAGCUUUCAGGUUCAGUUCCAUCAGAACUAAUAGAAAGAUCAAAGAACGGAACUCUCACAUUGAAAGGAGAAAGCAAGGAAAGACAUUUUGCGUACUCUGAUGUUCUCACUAUUACAACCAACUUUGAGAGGACUCUUGGUAAGGGACAAUUUGCAACAGCUUGCUAUAUAGAGGACAUUCAAGUUGCUGUCAAGAUUUUUUCUUCGUCACUCGCUCAAGCAUAUAAGAAAUUUGCGGCUGAUGCCAAACUUCUUACAAAAGUUCAUCACAGAAACUUGAUAGCAUAUUUGGGUUAUUGUGAUGAAGAAGGGAACAACGCACUCAUCUAUGAGUGUAUGACUAAUGGAAACUUGGAGGAUAUUUUAUCAGGUAGCACCAAAGAAUACUACCUUGAUCCAGACUACUAUGUCACAAACAAGCUGAAAGAGAGAAGUGAUGUUUACAGCUUUGGGAUUGUGUUAUUGGCAAUAAUAACAAGCCGACCAGUGACCGUCAGUAAUCAAGAGAGUGCUCAUAUAAUUGAAUGGGCUAGUUCAUUGCUUGGCAGAGGUGAUAUUAAAGGCAUUGUUGAUUCAAGACUGCAAGGAGAUUAUCUUAUUGAUUCAGUGUGGAAAGCAGCGGAACUAGCCAUGGCUUGUGAAUCUCGAACUUCAGUCAAGAGACCAGUCGUGACUCAAAUUGUUAUGGAAUUGAACCAGUGUUUGGCUAUGGAGAUAAGUCGAAUCAGCAGGUCAGAAGGAACAAUAGAAAUGGUCUCUGUAAAUUUGGGUACUGGAGUGAUUCCUGAAGCAAGAUAG